CUACUCAAUCUAAAUUUACGGUACUGUAUAUAUCAAAGGUGGUCAGGAAAUAUGAGAUUGAGUAACUCCCACAAACACCCAUAAUAAAAUACAGCCGUGCCCUUCUGGGAGAAGACUGAAUUGCUGCUGCUUGGCUAACUUUCCAGUUUGCUAGUCUACUCUCGACAAUAUGUAUUUUGAUGGUCUAGAUUAUUUGCUUGAUUAUCUGGUUUGUAAAUAAUAUUAGCCCUACAUUCUGGAUAUGGGGAGACACCAUGGAAGGAAGUAUGAUGAAGACACUGUGAGUACUGUAACCUAAUAUUCUGUGAAAACAAUGUCUCUGUCCCCUGCAGUGAGUAGGCUAACAUCAAUCAUGUUAAAUGUAUUUAAAUGUGUUAGUAGUAUUUUUUUUAGGUUUUGUUUACACAUGAAGCCUACAUCAUUAAUUUUAAACUGUGUAAGUUUUCUAGCAUGGUUACUGUUAUGUUCAUGUUAAAUAGGUGUUUGUCCCUUUAAGAGUACACAAGCGUUAUUGGCUAAGGGCGACAUAAACAGGAUAUAAAAUGUAAAAUUAGCCUACGAGACAAAAUGCAAAUAAACAAGCCCAGGGUUAAAAUAUUCCUCACAAUGGAUUCCCCUCUUAUCACUAACAGGAUGGCAGGUACCCUAGUGGUUAGAGUGUUGGACUAGUAACUGACAUGUUGCAAGAUUGAAUCCCUGAGCUGACAAGGUAAAAAUCUGUUGUUCUGCCCCUGAACAAGGCAGUUCCUAGGCCGUCAUUGAAAAUAAGAGAAUACAUUUUUAAAACAGCUACACAACAGGUACCAGUAUGUUUGUGCUAACAUGCCACUCCGCUGCUCCUUGCCAUGACAAGUUUGGCAUAUAACACAAGCUACAAGGAGUAGAAUACCAGCACAAAACAGGUCUGGAUUUCAUGCAAACUCAGAUAUUGUCAGUCAAGGAUGUAUUCCCAUUUACAGUUUUUUUUGUCAACCAUAGUAGCCAAGUUAGUUUUGACUUAAAUCUGCUUGAAAUUCUAUAGCAAGACUUGCAAAUGUUUGUCUAGCCAUUAUCCCCAACAUCUUGACAGAGUUUGAAUAAUUAUGAAAAGAAUAGCGGGCUAAUAUUGCACAAUCCAAGUGUGUAAAGCUCGUAGAGACUUUCCCAUGAAGACUCACAGCCUUAAUCCCUCGCCAAAAGGAGUUUCUAACAUGUAAUACAAUGUGAAGAAAUCCACUGGGUAUGAGUACUUUUACAAGGCACUGUCAUUAGCAUCAGAGGCACCAUAGAUACUAGUGCAAGAACUAUUGAUCAAGCGGACUGUUAGAUUAAAAGUAAGCAGGCAAACAGUGUGAAAUAUUGUGAUUAGUAUAGCUGUACAAUCACAUAUUGUUGCCCAUAAUGAAAAGUGGAUCUUGUAUUCGGUCAAAUGAGAAACCGGAAGUCCUACCACUUGCUCUGUCAGAGUAUUAAAGCUGUGAGAUUGCAUUGAAGUAUUUUGAACGCUAAUGUGGAGUGUACUGACAUUUAAAUCAACAGGGUCACUGAUUGGACAUAAAGGAAUAUAGUUCCUGCAUGGUAGAGUACUUCCUUUAUUAUCAAACUGAUAUUUUGUCCUUUCUGUCAUCCUAUGAACCCUGUUCAUUGCUGCUCGCAGCUAUAUUUGGUAUAGCUGCGAGUAAAAACUUUUAAACUAUUCACAAACCUUAACUUUUUCCACAUUUUGAUUAAAUGUAGAUUUUUGUCACUGGCCUACACAAAAUACCUCAUGAUGUCAGAGUGGAAUUAUGUUUUUAGAAACCUUAACAAAUUAAUUACAUUUGAAAAGCAAAUUUAUUACAUUUGAAAAGCUGAAAAGUCUUGAGUCAAUAAGUAUUCAACCCCUUUGUUAUGGCAAGCUUUCCACCAGACACUGGGAGAUUAAUUCACCUUUGAGCAGGACAAUAAACUAAAAAACAAGGCCAAAUCUACACUGGAGUUGCAUGUUCCUGAGCGGCCGAGUUACAGUUUUGACUUAAAUCUACUUGAAAAUCUAUGGCAACACCUGAAAAUGACUGUCUAGCAAUGACCAACAACCAAUUUGACAGAGCUUGAAGAAUUUUUCAAAUAAUAUUUGGCAAAUGUUGCACAAUCCAGGUGUGGAAAGCUCUUAGAGACUCACAGCUAAUAUUACUGCCAACGGUGCUUCUACAAAGUUUUGUUUCAGGGGUGUGCAUACUCACGUAAAUUAGAUCUUUCUGUUUUUCAUUUUCAAUAAAUUUGCAAACAUUUCUAAAAACAUGUUUUCACUUUGUUGUUAUGGGCUAUUGUGUGUAGAUGGUUGAGGGGGAAAAUAUACAUUUAAUCCAUAUUGAAUUCAGGCUGUAACAUGUGGAAUAAGUCAAGGAGUAUGAAUACUUUCUGAUGGCACGGUACUUGUGAAAAAAAAGUUAUUGAAAAAAACGUAUACGAGAGGGUAGCAACAAGAAGCAAAACACACACCGUCUGCAAUUAUCAGCGGCAUGCAUUGUCAGAAGAUAAAUCCAACAAAGUCAAAGAUACAGCCUUUUUCUGUACACAGCCUUAAUUAAUGUCCUUCGACAUUCUUACUUAAACAUUAUUGUCUCCUUUUUUAGAGUCCAUGACACCACAUGAAGAACAACUAACAUUCAGAAAACUGGUUCAGCUUGCGAAAGGAGACAAAAAAGAUGGCACACAACAAGGGGUCAUCUCUGUCCAAUGCCCGUGGUCGUGAAAUGUAUGUUGGAAGUCAAAUCAGGGAUUCCCUUUCACUUCUGGAUGUUUUGUACGCAAAUGCAUUUGAAGAAGAGGACAUAGACUCCAAAGUAGCUAAGAAGACCGAGGUAGAUUUUUACAGAGGAGCCCCACCUCAAUGGCUUAACUUCUGCUGGGCUGAAAGGGCAACUUCAGCUGAUAAAACAACAACCUUUAUAAAAAGAGACGGGUACACGGAGCUGAUACAAAAUAUUAAGAAACCAUGUAAGGGUGACCUGACUUCUACCAUGAAUCUGAUGUAUCAGCCAGGCAGUGGGGGAACCACUCUGGCCAAGCAGGUUCUCUGGGACAUGAGGAAAACACUGAGGUGUGCUGUUCUAACAGGCCCUACCUCAGAUAUUACUGCUAUCGCCAAGCAGGUGAUUCACCUUUUCACUGCAGGCGGUCAAGGCCACCAGAACACUGUGCUCUUACUGCUGGAAGAUGAGCGUAUUCUGGAGAAUCUGCAGGAUGCCAUCAUCAAAGAGAUUACAGACCGAAACAUUACAACCCACAUGCCUGUGGUCAUCAUUUUAAACUGUGUGCGUAAGGAAGUUAUCAAACAAGAGGACCAUAACAAAUCAAGACAUGUUAUUCUCAGGAUGGAACUUUCUGAAGCAGAGAAAAAACAGUUUGAGGAGAAACAGAUUGAGAUCAGUCGAAGCUACAGCAAUGAACACAAACAGUUUCAUGGCUUUAACAUAAUGCGAGAAAAUUUCAGUGGAGAUUAUGUUAAAGAAACAUGUGCCUUUUUAGAUGUCAGGAAAAAAAGAAGGCCUAAAAAAUCCCAGCUUCUUUCAUUCUUAUCACUGGUGAAUGCCUAUGUCCCUGGAUCCCACCUUCUGGAGUCUCAAUGUCAGGCAUUCCUGGGGCCUCCAGAUCCCAAUUAUGGAGGCCCUUCCUUUGAGCAGCGAAUGGAGCCUUUCAGUCAUCUGAUAGUGACAUUCCCUUCACAACAGGGACAAGACAAACAUGUCCGCAUGGCUCACCCACUGAUUGCACAGCAGUGUGUUAAGGUAUUGGCUACAGCAGGUGUGACCAGGAGUGAUACAGCAAGGAACUUUCUGAUAGACUUUUGUGGAGAAGAGGUGCAGCAACAUUUGAUGCCUGUCAUCAAAGACAUGCUAACUAAGAGGGAAAUCACAGUGGACCAUCAGCAGAAUACAGGACAUGUAUGUGUUUUACAAAACAAGCCAACGAAAAGGGAAAUGGGAGAAGAGAGGAAAGACACGUUUUCCAGGUUGAUUCACGAUAUUGAAGCCAAUGAAAUCAAAAGCAAUUGUGUAUCUGUUUUGCAAUUAGCUUCAGAGAAAAUCACGCAAAACCCAUUUUUUCCUCAAGCUCUUGCUCGUUUCUUUUACCUUAGGAUGGAGGACUAUGGUGUAGCAGAGCAGUGGGCAAAAAUAGCAAAAGACAGAGAUCCUAAGAAUUCAUUUGUUGCUGACACUCUGGGGCAAGUAUACAAGAAACAUUUAAAUAGCAGGGUCCAUGAUCCUUCCAUCUCUGCACAAGACAUCUUGCAACUGGCAGUAAAGGCAUUUGAGGCUUUCAAAGAUGUGGAAAGGGCUGCUGAAAAUGAGCAAGGAGCAGACAUGCAAGAUGAUGGUAUGACAAAAGUUUCACACAUCUUUAACAACAGAGGACUAUUUGGAUAUCUACGGGUUGCCAACAUCGUUUUUGACUCACUUGUCUCUCUUGACAAUAACUGGCAAAAGGUCCUUACCAUGGAAAUAUCCGCUGACUCCUUUUUCAUAUCAAUCAAUCAGCUCUUCAAGUACAAGCCACUCAUCAUCAACCUCAGGGAUGAGGUGGAGAGGAAAUUUGAGUUUUUUGAUGGUUACCUGACGUACUCCAAGCCCAGCAUGAAAAUAAAUGAACCAAAUUACUUUCAGACUGAUGUCAAGAACUGUUACUGCAAAUACGUGGGGACAUGUACACCUAUACACUCAGAGUCUGCAAUAGAUGUACCCCUCCAGAAGCUCAAAGAAGAAAUGGCCAUUACUUUCCCUGGACUGCUUUGCUGUCUUGAUAAGGGCUAUGAUGAAUCUAACUUGAGCCGAAUAACAAAAUUGUGGGAGGAAAUACAAGAAUGUGAAAAAAAGAAAGAUGGUGGUGGUGAGAACAAAGCUGCCCAAAACUUCAUCCUUGCCAACAUCAUCUUAAGCAAAGUUGAAGCAGCAUCUCCAAUGCUUACCCCUUUGCCAAUCCUAAGAAGAACUCUGGAGAGACAUCUAUUGGCCAAUUACAGUAACCAAACCCCCGAGUUUUACCUCUUAGUCCUUUUGCUGUUUUGGCCCGAGGAGCAUAAGAAAAUAGGAUUCAAUAUUGACCUCAAUAAACGUAUUAUUGAGAUGCAAGACUCCUACAACAACACAUACAAGAAGCAUCUUCGCUCAAGGUACCUUCGCCCCCUUAUUUUCCUGGGAAAGGGUGAGGGUUUGAGCAGAUUGGUUCAUAGAUCAAAAAUAGACAACCUAUUCGUAAAGGAGAAUCAAAUGGCAAGGCCAGAGGCAAGGACAGACACUAUCAGUGGUGAGGUGUGGAGAAAACCCAGUGUCCAGGACCUUCUUCUUCCAGUCAAUGGAGUGGUUAGACAGCACAGGGUGUUUGCGCGUGUUGAUGGCAAGGAGAUUGAAGUCUGUGCCGACCAACAAAGCAAAGUUUGGAAGUCUGGAGACGUCUGCUUCUACCUUGGCUUCACCAUUAGAGGUCCUGUGGCCUAUGGCAUACAGUACCCAUCCCAUCACGGACAUUUCUUCCAUUCAGAUAGGAUGACAGGGGAGGUACCUCGUAAAAUGUUGGAAGUACCUGACAUCAAAUCGAUCAAAGACGAGCCCGUGAGAAGCUGCGCAACAUGUGCCAAUGUCAUGGAGUCUACCAACUGGGUUCAGGUUGAACCUGUGGUCAUCAUUGAAGAAGCCCCAAUGUUCAGCAUGUCUCCCGCGGGGCGCUACGAGUGCAGAGUAUCAGGGCUCCGAUGGGUGUGUAAAGACCAUGUCAGUCUGCAGUAUCAAUUCAGCUCCUGGGAACCUCACAGUGCAAUGAUGAAAAGCUUGGGGUACAAGCAAGGAGGCCCCCUAUUGGACGUCACAAUCAUUGCAGGAGAACUGGAAGAAGUACAUCUGCCACAUUUUGCCUGUUUCGGCGAUGAUCCCUCCUUCAAAGAGAAAGUGAGAGUUCUACAUGUAGAAGACUGUGGUGUGUCCGUAAAACAAGUGGAUGAAGUCACCCGCUUCCACGUCAAGAUCCUCCAUCCAACCUUCUCUCCAAAAGGAGUUCUCGUGAGAUCUGGCUUUCCGCUGAAAGUACACUGUGACUUGCUGCUCUACCAGGCCAAGGCCCCAUCUUGGACAGACUCCUGAAGAGAGGAGUCAUCACUGACAAUGGCUACAGUGACGUGAGAUCUGAAAGAACCAAACAGAAGAAGAUGAGGAAGCUCUUUGAUGGGCCCCUGACAGGAUGUGGCCCCAAAGGCAAAGAUAUUUUCUUAGAGAUCCUGAAAGAGCAGGAGCCAUUUCUAAUCAGAGAAUUGAAGGGUGAAUGAGAAGCUGAAUACAUUUGAAGUUUAAUUUUAGGGGAAAGGACACGGAUGACAAGACUCCUAGACAGGGGUUAUCGCUGACGAGGGCUAUGAUAAGUUGAUGGUUAAAUGCACCACCCAGGACCAGAUGAGGACGCUCUACUCAGGACCAACAAAGUUAAGUGGCACCAAAGACACCUUCUAUGUCAUCCUGGAGGAGCUUGUAUCAUCCCUGAUCGAUGAACUAUUAAUUGACAAACCACCUAUAAUCAUUGAUAGGUGAAUGAAGAAGGAGUGGUGAAAUGUUUCUUUAAAAAAGGGCAGAAAUCUGAUGGCAGUUUCACUUUGUUUCUUUGUGUGUUAAUGACUUUGUGAAAAUAAUCACAAAUGUUUAAAAGAAAACACUUUUUAUGGAGGGUUGGAGUUUGAUUAGAAUUGUAUUUAUUUAUUUAGAGACAAGAAAAUAUAUAAAGGAAAGAUUUUAAAUAAAAAUGUAAUGACUUAAUUUAGGCAACUAUGUGAAUGACAAGUCAGUGAUGGUAAGGAAUACCAGUGAUCAGCAUGUCAAUCAAAAUACAAAUAUAUAACAUUGUAAAGCUUUAUUCAACAGCUUAUAACAGCUGUUUCUAUCAUCCGUACUGGGCAGGCGUGUCCUCCCAAGCAUCAAUAUGACAAACUCUUACCAGUGGCUUUGUUUGUGUCUUGUAAAGUAUUGCAUUAAAGCAAACCCUCUGCCACA